AUUUUGACGAGCCGCCAGUCUGUCUAGCGAGGAACCGUGACCGUGGCUUCAGUUGGCCAGAAUCCGUGUCGCUGUGAGGACACGCUCAUAUCCUGUACUCUGGUUUUUGCGGUCGGUUAGUCACUCGCUCGCUCGGGCGGUCGGUCGGUUGAACGGUCGGACAGUCGGUUAGCUGGUUUGUGUUUUAUCAAUUGGCUGUGUGAAAUUUGAAAGCAAAAAAAAAAAAAACGGAAACGUACUAUUCUCGAGGAAAGAUAGGAGGGCGAAUACAGCGGUUAAUUUUUUUUGAUCAUGUAAAGGUCAUGCUUUAAUUUCGCACCGCCUCUGUCGGCACAGAACAGACCACAUGCGGAUGCUGGGAGAUAACUAAAGAAUAUGGCUGUGUGUUUGUGUUUGCGUGUGCAGUCCAGCCCUCCAGCUUCUCCCGUGGCUGGCUGACAACGGUUGUUGUUUUUCUUUCGGUAAAAUGUGAAAGUACGACCAACUAGCGCAGCCCGUUUUAAUAAAUUAUUAUGUAACGAGGUGGGUGUCAUUGUUCUCCGUGCAGUCUCUUGUUGUUUACGCACAACAAGAGUUCCAUCCGCGGCAUGAAUAUCAGGCAGCGGGAACAGUAUAAAUAAACUCCUGGCAGGAUGUCAUUGUACACCCAUGCUGUAGGGCUCGCAGUGAUACAGUUCUCCACAGUAAGCAAAUUGAUGACAGGGACGAAAAAUAACAACACACAGUAACGUGUCUGACGGACCACCCGUGUGUGAACGGGCAGAAAAAAAAACCAUUGCCCCGUGCGUACCGUCUGCUGUGGGUCGCAAUAAAAAGCGGCAAAAAAAUAAGAGAUCGCAUCAUCGUAAAGGUGCGUGAAUUAUGGAAAUCAAUAAACAUCGGUUCCCUGGGGGGAGAUUCUCGGUGGCCGUAUGUCAUAUAUUUCUAGUGAAAAAAGCUUGCUAGCGGAAGCUAUUCGGGUCAAUAAAAUGGUUGUCAAUAACAUUCAGCUGCUUGAAUGAGGCAAGCCGACAAAAAAAAACGAAAACCUGCAAAAAGCAAAGUGUUUUCCUUCAUCGGAGCCAAGAUUGAUUAGUGGCCCAACAGUGAUCCGAACGUGAAACAGCUUCGCUGGCAAAUAUUGCGGCAUCGUGGCUUGUUGUAGGAGGGCGAAGAUAAAGAUCAUCUCUGCUGCUCGAGAAAGAAAGUGUACGUGCUUGUGCUAUUAUUUAUGAGCCGCCGUGAAUGGUGGCUGAGAAAAAUAAAGAAACCUUCGUUACCUUCACGGUGUUUCACAAAACAGCGAGAAAAUAAAAUCGUCUAGGAAAUGAUUGUUGAAAAUGGCUGAGCAAAGAUCUAAUUAAAACUGUGAGUGCUGCGUGAGAUUGUUAAAAAAAAGUGUGAAAAGGGUAUAACAUCAGUGCAACAAAAACAAGUGCUUAAAUAGCCAAAAACUGUGUUUCUGUCAGCGCGAGGUUGAACCCAACUCAAGUUGGGUGUUUCAUCAAACGUAAUGAGCGCAUAGUGAGGUAAACAAAAUUGAAGUACACUUUCAGUGAGGCAAGCCACCCACCCGGUAAAAUUCGUUUGCUCUGCUCAAGUUAUCAAAACAAAAAAAGCGGGAAGCCUACCAUCGGUGUUUUUUUGUGCAAUCCAAGACCGCCACUUCACGGGACAGGACGAACAACGCCCGGCUGCAGGAAUGCUGCUGCUCAAACAAACUGGCACUCUUCUCAUGUGGUGUCCCAAUAUGAAGGCUGACUUCGGGGAACGAGUCGUUCCGUGACGUGAAGUGCGUGAAACCUCAGAUAAGGAGUGAUACUUCAUAUCGUACAACAAAAAAGAAAACGAACACGCAUUGAUAUUGCUAGAGUGCCCGCUAAAAUCGUCGUUGCGCGGUUCGAGUGAGUGUGCCACCCGUCCCGUUCCGGUUCCAACGGGGUUCAGUGAUUCAUCGGUACCUGAGUAGUGUGGUGAAAGGGGGUGUGGGAUUUGUUUUUUCACUGUUCCGGUUGAAAGUGUUGGCAGACGAACGCCAUGGUGACGGUUAAUGAUUCCGCCGGGUGGGAUUCGCCGGACUAUUUUCGGUUGUUUAGUGAAGGAUCGCCACCUGUCAAUGACAACCGCCCGGGACGGUCCCCGUCGUUCCCGGGCAGUGCUGGACCGGCGGGAACCACCCAUCAGAAUGGCACAGGUGGUAGCAGUGCUGCCAACGGUGUCACCGAAAAUGGUUCGUCGGUGGCAGCUAUGACAUCCAAUGCCGCCUACCAGCUGUACUACGGAGACGAAGCCAGCCGGAACGAGUCGCACCUCGGGCCGGACGGUGCUGCUGUUGGUUCAAGGGAAGGGUACCCGGCUCCCGAGGGCAGUAAUUUUAUGCUACUCUUGGAGGAUUUUGGUGAAUAUUUUUAUAACUAUAAUGGAAGUGGUCCCGGGAACGACACCCUGCUUGGAACCGGUGGGCCAGGCUACCAAAUUAACUGUACGCUCGCGAACGCUACCUGCGGGGUGCCAAGUGAAGCUCACUACAACUACUGGGGUCUGAUACUGGUGCUGUUCCCGAUCCUGACACUGUUCGGAAAUGUGCUAGUGAUACUGGCGGUGUGCCGCGAACGGACUUUACAGACGGUCACCAACUACUUCAUAGUGUCGCUGGCGUUGGCCGAUCUGCUGGUUGCGGUCGUGGUGAUGCCGUUUGCCGUCUAUGUGCUGGUGAACGGAGCGUGGACGCUGCCAAAUUUCGUGUGUGAUUUCUACAUAGCAAUGGAUGUGAUAUGCUCAACGUCAUCUAUAUUUAAUUUAGUUGCAAUAUCAAUAGACAGAUACAUCGCCGUGACGCAGCCGAUCAAGUACGCGAAGCACAAAAACAGCCGCCGCGUGUGCCUCACGAUCCUGCUGGUGUGGGCGAUUUCGGCGGCGAUCGGGUCGCCGAUCGUGUUAGGAUUAAACAAUACACCCGACCGGGUGCCCGAUCUGUGCGUUUUCUACAAUAGUGAUUUUAUAGUGUACUCGUCGCUAAGUAGUUUUUAUAUACCGUGUAUCAUAAUGGUCUUUUUAUACUGGAAUAUUUUUAAGGCUCUCCGAACUCGAGCGAAAAAGCAACGGGCCGCCCGCAAGCCCCACAUAUCGGAAAUCACCGCUGGCGGUAGCCUGAUCGAGAACAUUGCUCAAACGAAGAUAGCAGCGGAAACACAAAUGGACGGCAGCACCAAGAGCGGCUCGUGCAAAAUUCUGCCCGACGAGCCGCCAACGAAUACGGCGUCCGGUUCGAACGAGGAAGACGACGAUAAUGCUGGGUCCCCUGACAUUGAUGACUGUCAUGUGAUUGUGAACGAUAAAUCAACAGAAUUUAUGUUGGCCACGGUCGUGGAAGAAGCUGGAAACGUGGUAGCGCAAAUCACGACAACGCAGAUUCCCUCCGAUCCGAACGGAAAUCACGACUCGGGCUAUGCGGCCUCCAGUAUAGGGGAUGUGCUGGCAGUGAACGCAACCCCGCCCGGCAGCCCCAACGUGGCCGCCACCGUAAUUGUAAAUAAAAACGCUACGCUUAGGAGUAGGAAUGGCUCACCAAGGAAGGAAGCAAGUGUGACACUGAAACCUCUGUCGCUGGUCCGGUGCGGGGUGCAGCAGGCCUUAACGCUCAAUCGAAACGACUCGACGCUAUCAACGAAUUCCAACACGAGGGACGGCACGAUGAAGGACAAGAAGAACACCCAGCAGGCAACGAGCAGAUUUACGAUCUACAAGGUGAAUAAGGCAUCCAAGAAAAAGCGGGAAAAAUCCUCGGCGAAAAAGGAGCGGAAGGCGACGAAAACGUUAGCGAUAGUGUUAGGGGUAUUUUUAAUCUGCUGGGUGCCGUUCUUCACCUGCAACAUCAUGGACGCAAUGUGCACCAAGCUGGACAUGACCUGCCAGCCGGGUGUGACGGCCUUCAUCCUGACCACCUGGCUCGGCUACAUGAACAGCUUCGUCAAUCCGGUUAUCUACACCAUCUUCAACCCGGAGUUCCGGAAGGCGUUCAAAAAAAUCAUGCACAUCGAGUGAGUGCGGCAAAUCGCGCCGGGCGGCGGUCCCGGCCGGGGGCCACGUAGCGACGAGAGAGGAGUAUCCCGAGAGCUGUCGUCCGGCGGGAUGGACACGAUGGGUUUGUCCAGUGGAGCCAUCGAUGGGCACGGUUCGGCUGCGGUUGGCUGGCAUCAGAACACGGACAGAAUCGAUGAGAGAUAAGCGAUGAGCGAUUGGGUGGACAAUGGGAAGGGCUGUUAGCUGAAUGUGUUUAGAGAAGGGCAAACGGAUGGCUGUGUGUGUUUUUCGUUGCUUCUUCUUCUGGUUAGUUUUAAGCUGUUGCAACCGGAUAACAUAGGUACUGAAAGAUGAAAAUUCCAAGAAUGAAGUGCUCGGAAGUGAAAGUAUCCGGGAGAUUUUAACGAUAGAAUGCUUCCCUGACGUUGAUCCUGGUUUGCGGAAGCACUAACAAAUGAAAUUUUUUACCAUUUAGAAGAGAAAAUUGACUGCUUGUUUUCUACAUAUACCGGAAUGGUUUACCAGUGAAGUUAGCUGAUCCAAAUGGUCAAGUAAGUCACCCUGAGUUUAAUUUGCUCGUGACACUAUCCUACAAACAGUUAAAUACGAGUCGUUGAAUAUUAAAAUGUCGCUGAUUGAAGGUAAAUUUUGAAUUUUGAACCUAAAAAUGUAUGUAGUUGCUCGAGAAUUCAAGAUUUUUUGAAUUAUUCAAAUUAGGUACCUACUACUCAAUCCAGUUUUGAAUGAUUUUACCCGUUUCUUAGUGCAAUAAUUUAUUCUUUAUAAUGUGAAAACAGAAAACCAUAGUUUUGUCAUAUGAUCUUACCCAUUUUAGAUAAUGAAUUUAAAAAUGCUGACACAUUUAAGCUUUUUUGUAGGUUUUCUUGCUUGUAUCUAGAACAUUUUUUUUUUCAAACUUUUUCUGUGUUUGAUAACUUCGAACAGUUAGCUGAAAAGUUAUUGGUUAUUUAAUUAUGGAGGAAUAAGAGAAAAAAAGUCAAAUUAUCUUGAAAAGAAAAAAAAGGCUAAAAUGGCUCAUUAAAUACUCCCAAAAUUAUAUACCCGUUAGCACAAAAUAGAGUAAAGUCUUUUUUUACAUGUUUGUUUUUACACGGUUUUAUUUUACACGGUUCAUUUUUACGACGAUUUUCCAAAUAACGCGAUUUUUUUACACGGUUUUUUGCACUUUUUUUCAUCUUCGCGUAAAAUUGUUACAGUAAGUAACAGUAACGGUUACAAACUAUAGUAGGCUGUUUUUUACACAGUUUCAUUGUUACACUGUUUUAUUUUACACGGUUUUAUUUCACACGGUUUUUUACGACGUUCUUCCAAAUAACGUGGUUUUUUUACGACGUUUUCUCAACUAACGCGUUUUUUUUUUCACACGGUUUUUUUUGCACGGUACGUAGGAUCGUGUAAAAAAGAACUUUACUGUACUUUGUGUUGAUAUAUGAACAAAAUUUACUGAGCCGAGUGCCGAUUAUUAAAAAAAUAUGUUUUGGGAUAAAACGGAUUGUUUUAAACCGAUUAUAAUGUUUUCGGCAAAGUCGUAGAUAAUAAUUUUAUUUUGUUCUCUUAAAAAAUCACAGGAGGGUUGUGUGCAAAGCCACGACCGCAAGGUUGAAAUAGAAUACCUUUACAAGAGAGAUAAAACCGGCUGCUUGCGUGUCAGUCAUUUUUCCUAGUAAAUAAAUGUUGACCGCUCAUUAGCAGUAUUGAAAAUUCUGUGCAAAUGAAAUUGAAGUACUACUCAAUUUCAGUUUGCACAUAUAAAUACGACCUCACUGAACAGGAAAAGUACAAACUCUUUGCGGCGCAAACAAGUUUCAACAGUUAGAGUAUAUGUACAUGUGAAUUCAAAUUAAGAUAAUUAACUUUUGGUUAAAGCUCAGAACAAGAAAAUAUUAAAUCUUCAAUUCAUUUGUUUGGUUGUCCUAAAAAGGACAGUUUGUUGUUGAAUUUAAAAUCGGAUAUGACGCUGAUUGCAUCUCUGUGUUACGCCGAUAGCGGGAGUUAUGGUGAGCUCGCGUAAUACGAAGGUAUCGUAUUACCUGUUUUAUUGAAUGGGAAAAAGAGGAAUAUUGUAAAAUUUUGUAAACAUUUGACUCAAACAAUAUUACCAAAUCGUAGUCAGGCACUCUGAUAACAAAGUUGAAGGCUGUUUCCACACUGAAAAACAGACAGCCAGCAGAAGUUUUGAUUGCCAAUAUCCAGAAUGCUUGUGUGCCAAAAUAAGGCAGAGCUUCACCAGAGGAAGGCCGAAACCCUCAACCGGCAAAGAUGCUCCGAUAGCAGAUAAAUAGUGGUUUCGCAUUCAGGAACGGCAUCGUUGUUAAGGGUUAAGAGUUAGGCAGAUGUCCGUGGAGAACUUUUUCCAACUUUAAUGCCAGAACAAAGCAGAAAUUUACUGGAGGAAGGCCGAAACCCUCAACGGCAAAGAUGUCCUGACAGCGAAAAUAUGUGCUUUUUGAUGUAUACUUCACACGGGCUGUACUGUCUGUUUCGGCCACUUUAUAGGUGGAACAAAACGAUUUGGCAGGAUGGCGAAGAAAAGAAAGUAAAAUUCAGAAUCGUUAACUAUUAAUUUGCUUUAUGUUAUGAAUAAACUUACCAGGUACUGUGAGUAUGGACAGCGUCGGUCGGUGGUACGAAAAGUAAGAACAGUAUCUUUUACACUCAGCACGGAUACUCCGGCCGAACGUUAGAUCAAGGCAUAAUCCUCCGAGAGUGGUCGCUUGAGUUCGGUCUGAGACUAAGUCCAGGUAGAUAAACUUCUUCAUAAAGUCGAUUGAUUUUUUUUUUUUGUUGAAGUCACCGGUGACGAGAUGAUCGACAUUGUACAUCGUGUAUACACCAUUAGAUCCCACACCAAGAAGUAUUUCUUCUGUGCGGUGGUUGUGCUUGGUGAUAGGUACAUGACUAUCCCGACAAUUACUAAACUUUUGGAUCAUAUGGGGAGCCGCUACUGUACUUGCUUCAUUCUUCUGGUAAAUGGCCACACCCGCAGCUCUGAAAUUGGGCCGUUUCGAUUGAGAGAUGCAGGUAUAUCCUUCUAUUUCAGCUGUAUUUUCGUCAUCCUGCCACGUUUCACUGGGCGCUAAGAGAUCUCCGGUCAUCAGCACAUGAUCGGUAGCGAUAUCUAGUGCAUGUGCAGCUAAGCUUUGAACGUUUGCUGAUAUCAGUACAACGCCUGCGGUUUUAUUGGCAACAAACUCCACCAAUUCAUCCGCAAUUGUGCGCAGGCGAUGAUUGGACAACCGCUGCAAUUCGGUUCGAAGGGACAACAUCUUUUCCUUAUUGCAUCCCCUGGCAUGGUGAAAUUUGGAAUCGUCCUUGGCACUUGUCAAGAACAACCCAUCGAUGGACAAUACUCGCGAGAGGGCAACAUAGACUAAUUGUUGUUCCUGCCUUUUAUCGUAGUGAAAUACGAUUUGAGGAUAGGUUCCUCCCUGGGACUUAUGCACCGUAAGAGCGCAUCCACUAACAACUGGGAAUUGAGCACAACAUUUUACACCAACGACAUCGACUUUUAGGUUUAGGUAUGUUGGCGGACCUUUCUUGAUUGGUGUCCAGUUUGGCUGCAAGAUGCCUGGCUUAGAUUGAACUAGGGGCCUGGAUUUCACUCUUAGCAUCGCACCAAUCGCAUCGCUCUCGAACUGGAACCACAAUCGGAAAAUCUGCUGUUCCGGGCCUAUCGCUCCAUUGACGAUGGAGCCUCGACAUCGUUGUUCGUAGUGACAAUGACAAUUGCAUUCCGAUGAUGAGAUGCAACAGAUACGGCAAACCACCGGCAGCAACAACGCUCAUUCUAUGCAGCUGGUUUCUAGCACUUGCAAGCUGUUCGUCGCUCCGAUACCCGCUUAAUACAUCUUCUACGACACAGUCUUCGCCUUCUCUAUCCUGUAGGAUUGCCUUAUUGUACCGGUCCACAUCGAUGUUUUGGUGAAAGAUCCUCACGGCGUUGGGCACAUUCUCCUUACACCAUUGAGCUGAGCGGAAGCGGCUUUCGAUGAGCUUCUUCUCGUCAUCUGACAAUCGUUCGCCAUUCCCGAUCUUCGUUAGAGCAGAAGAGAAUUGUUCGUCACUUUGCCGCAUUACUCGAACGAGGGGAUGAAACUGCAGCGAUUGCCAGAGCACAGCACCGUGUAUCGAAUUUGUGGGACGACGGAAAAUAUUUGUGGCGUUCACUGGUGGAAGCUGGCGAAGGUCACCAACCAGUAUGAUGUCUAUUCCACCGAAGGCAUCGUCGUAUCCACCGGUAAUGUCUUGUAGUCGGGAAUGCAUCGAGUUCAACACAUGUGCACUAAUCAUACUCAUCUCGUCGACAAUGAUGGCCCGAACGUUCGCAAAAGCAUUUCUGUACCACUGCAACUUCUGGAAGCUAAGCUUUUCGUUGUGCCUGCGUGACAUGGUUAAGCUGAAUGCAGAAUGGACUGUUGUUCCACCAAUCGCAACGGCAGCUUUUCCAGUCGAAGCACACGCAACGUACGCGUUGUUUUGCGUAUUAUGUGCUUGACUGAACCGAUUGUACGUUUCCAUCAUGACACGCAGUGUAAAUGUUUUGCCGCUUCCAGCUGGACCAGUGAAGAAAAUUUGUAGCGGUUUUCGGGAGUCAUCGAAGCAGUGCAAACUGUGAAUUACAUGCAAAAUCAGAGCUCGCUGCUCGGGAUUCGUAGCUCGCACCAUUUCGCAGUAAGCUUGUUUGCUCAUCACACUGUCUCGUUGCUUGACAACUGCAGUUAACGCAUGGAUCGGCAAGCUUUGAAUGUCAUCAUCAUUCGGCUGCAUAACGUUCGCACGAACACGUUCGUCAUUCAUCCCAGUUGCGGCAUACUGCUCCUGAUCUGCGCUUGCAAUACACGUACGGAAAUACUCUUAAACCGUGUGCUCAAGGUUUAACUCACAGUCGUAUUCCUUUCGCUUCCUCAUCGACGCUGGUUCGUGCUGAUUAAACAACUCCAGAAAUUUGUUGCAAUCAAUUACAUCACACACCUCGUUGCGAAACGGAAGAAAAAAAAGAACCAUCUCUCGCUUGUAGUCGACCUGUUCCGUCAUGGAAUACGUGCGCCAGCGCAGUACGCGGGCAGUGGCUCGGCGGCUAUACGUAUUUGCUGUUUUCUGCACUUUCGAGUAGCACGAUGCAAAAUCAGCAAGACAGACAUCAUCCAAUCCCACGCGUGCCUCAUACUUCCGAAUGAUGUUCGUUGUCCAGAUGUCGACGGAAUCAUCGACAAUGCCUUUUUCGUCCAUCCGCUUCGUGCGUUUCCUGACUUUAGUUCUCUCUUGAGGCCACAUACCGUGCUGGAUCGAAAUCCGUACACCUAAGCACAUGAUAAUCUUCGACGGUCAAUAUAAAAUCAAGAAAUCACAUAUUGCUUUAAACUGACAUGAUUACUUAUAGGUCUACUUAUAUUUUAUCACUAUUUUCCAGCAAAAUGAUUGAAAUCACUCCGAAACUCGAAAAAAUCAUGGUUUAAUAGAACAUGUUUUGAAUCGAAAUCCGUACACAGUUUUUUGUCUGAAUCAAAACCCGUACACUUUUGAAUCGAAAUCCGCACACACGCGAUAUAGACUGGAUCAAAGUCCAUACAACAAUAAAUCAAACUCCAUAUAGAUGAAGAAGUACAAAAAUGAACAUCUUUUAUUUGUAAUUAAUCUUUAAAUUACCGAAAAAGUAUAUUUGAGAAUCAACUGGCUCCUAAAGUUUCACACGGUUUUCAAAUUUUUGAUAUCAGCUGAAAUAGAGCAAUUUUCGUAGCGUUUCGUAGUAACCGGAACGCCGGAACCUCUCGAAGCUUCCCGGUACGACUUUCCCUUGCGCACCUCAGUCACAGCUCGUUUAAAAUUGUUUGCCGUAUAUUUAUACUUGUUUUCUUCCAUUAUUUGCUGAAAACAAGAAGAAAGUUCAACAAUAUAUGCAUGAUACACACGCUGUACGGAUUUCGAUUCAAGCAAAUAAAAAGAAUCAAAAUCCGUACGGCACAGUUUUUGUUGAAUAAAUACAACUUACACUAUUUAUUAGGCAAUAUACAGUUCGAAAAUGACAAAGACUUACCUUUUCCAUCAAUUUUAAAAAGAUUCACAGAGUAAAACACUUAUAUCCCACUUGAAAACCGUUUUUAUCUGAAGAACGUUUCCUUAGUAAAUUCUCUAACGAUACAACGAAAUGACAACUGAAACCGAUACACGAUUGAUUUUUCAUUUUUAAUAUUUUUAUUUCAUGGCCUACUGGCGCAUAGUUUAAUUUAACAGAAGGCCAACAACUCAACGGAUAUGUACAUGUAACUAUCAUAUGAAUUUUCACUUUUAUAAUGCUUAAAACUGAAGGAAAACAUCAAGGUGUACGGAUUUCGAUACUUUACGGGUUUCGAUCCAGCACGGUAGUCGGAAUGAACUCCACAUACCUGCUAGCUAUGGACAUUGGCUGGCGAAGAAGAUACCAGGCUGCUUCCUGAGCAGAUAUCUCAACGGAAUUGAGCAUCUUGAUGCUGACCUUCUAGAGCAGUGACUGAUAGUCCAAAUCAGGGAAUUCUUCUUGCAGUUUUACAAGAUCACGGUGUAGACUACUUAUACCACGAUUGGUCUUGUUCACAUACUCGACGACGUAGGCAGCACAAGAGUACUCAUCAAGGUUGAACUGGAGAUCCAUGUUCGACUGGAGGACGCUGGCGAUCCACGGGUUGAACGUAUUCGUUCACAACUCCGUCAUUGAUCGUUUGACCAGAACGGUGGGCCGACUCAUCGAUGAGCGGAUGACAUCGAGGUAGCAAUCAUACGAACAUUCGCAGUCGUCCAGAAAUUGGUGGAACGUAUCAAAACUUUUGGUCUCCAGAACACCGUGAAUCUCGCUGGCCCGUUUCCUUAGCUGGUUACGGCGUCUAUCGUCACAUCUAUGGGCCAGUAAGGGAUGUUGAAAAGGCAACUUUUCUCGCCCCGUUUGAAGCAGGUGAAAGUGUGCUUAUGCACCUGAUUCGCAUAUUGAACAGGCAAAUCAACUGCUUCAACCGGACAUAGAUUAUCUAUGAGUUGAACAGUAGCGGGCAUGUUUUCCGAAACCGCCUCCUUUGGAUCCAUGUCCAACCACAGAAGAAUAUGUGCGUGGGGGUUGCCGCGAUGUUGAAACUCUAUUCUUUUAAAAUAUUCCACAACGCGAAGCUGUCCGAACGGGCUAUAUCUUGACGACUGCAGGAGCUGCAUGAUAACAUCAACCAGCUUUUUGAAGUAAACGCAGCAAGUCACCGGAUCCUGGUUUACAAGAGUCGCUCGUUGUAGUGCCGUUAGAUGCUGAAUAUCAGUUAAAUAGACUCUGUUGUAUCCACCUGACGAUAACUUCUGCAACGUUCGCAACAAAUGGGGCCACAUUUUUCGCUUGCACUCAAGGUGAGGAACAUCGUCGGCUUGCCCAGCUGCCGGAUCAAAGCGAACACAUCGUGCUUGCGUUGCUGCCAGUACUGCACCGAAUUCUGGAUCGACUUCAAAAAUGACAAGUUCCGGUCACUGCUCCAGAAACUGCCUAUCAUUAAACAUGGCGCGCGUAAUGUUUGCUGUUGCCAUACACCGAAAGGUGCAUUGAAGACCGUCACUAACUCGCAAACGUAGUAUCUUCAUGGCAACAUACAGUACAUGUUUCGGCGCCGCUGCUCGUCGAUCACGGCGGCGCAGUUCGCUGGUGGCUACCAUAAACGGUGUAACUCGCACUUCUGGGUUGAAGGUUCUCGGGCGCCCCAGGUAAAUGUCUGGAAACGACAGCUCCUCAGCGUGCUCAUCGAAAAUAAUUGACAAUGGCACUCUGAUUGGCCAGGUGCUAUCUCUAGACAUUUGUCUUCGUUCCAGAGAAGAGUUUGCUGCUGCCCUAUCAGCAACUCGACGUCAUUGUCACCUUCAACCGUCUCGAUAGCAUCAGCAUUGCCAGGUGUGGAAGAUCAGAAUCAACGGCACGCAGAUUAUCCUCGUUGUACGUGAUUCCGUACCGACGAUACAGGGGAGUAUCCUGCAAGUACUGCAAGCAGACCUUGACAGUCUGCUUUUUCACAAAUCCAGACAAGUAACUGGAUUUAUGAAUUAUGUGCUUCUUCAUGGAAACAUUGAUUGCCCUGUCGUCGUCCAGCUGGCGCGGGAGAUCCUUCACCAUCUGAUCAACAUCCACGGGUACAUUAAUUACUUGACCGAUGAUUUCGUAACUCCUCCGCUCACCUUCCCAGAAACACUCUUUUAUAGCCGAAGGGUGCUACGUAAUAAGCCACGCUUUUCAGUUCAGUUUUACUAUUUCCUAAUGUUCUUUAGACCAAUUAUUCCACAAUUCGCAUUUGAUUUUUGUAUCCAGCGAAUAAACACCUGCUCUCACACACGCAACGGUUUUAACCCGUAUCUUAUGGCGGUUUGUUGUUGCGUGUUGCAUCAUGUUGCAACUUGGCAGCUGGGAGACGACGAAAUUCUGUUGAUGCUGAUUGAUUGAAUCGACUUCAUAUUAGCUCUGCAUAGUCGAACUAACUGUCUUUGUGAAUGCGUUCUAACAGGGCAGUUUGUUAUUCGAAGUCGGUCAUGCUGAUCGCAGCCUUUGCGUUGCCCCUACAGAGGGGGGUUUACUAAAUAAAGUAAAAAUUAGACAACUACAACAGAAUUUGAUUGCAUCCCACACAGAAUGUCUGCUUGUGUUGAUGCCAGAAAAUUAUUAACCUUCAACUACUUGUUUAAUUGCCUUGAAAAAGGCAUUUUGCGAAUAAAAAUCGGUUGCUGAUCGCAACCUUUGAGCUGCCCUAACAAAGGAGGAAUUAAGAUACACGGACAACAUGCACUGUGGAAGCUAUUUCACAUUCAGUAAAUAAGACGGGCGCGACAAAUUUAAAUUGCUAGGAUCCAACACAGAAUCUUGCUUGCGUUGUCAAUAAUAAUUAACUUUCAAUGACUUGUUUAUUUGCCUUCAAAAGGCAUUUUGAUUUCCAAAAUUGGAUUUCCUGAUGGCAAUCUUCAUGCUGCCCCAACACGGGGGUAAUAAUGGCAGUCUGGCGACACAUGCUGAGAAAAACCGCGCUGCUUCUGAGACGUGGUGACCAACCACAGGGCUAGUGCUGCUGUUAAGGAAGGACGACUGCUGUUGUCGCUGUCUAGUACUAUUAUGAGCGACUUCGGCUAAAACAGGCUCCUAUAUAGGCCAAAUAUCAUAUUUUCAAUUGCAAGGUAUAUGAUUCCGUCGACCGUGCUUGGGAAGCAAUCAUAUAACGACCAAUCAGAGGUCGAAUUUUUCGAUUUGACAAGGCUUGACUAUUUUCAAGAGUACAAUAGUGUGAAUAAUAAAAUUACAAUUAUCUUAUUUUGGGAAGAAUCUUAGAAGAUUUUCCAAUCUAUUGCUGCAAGAACGAAGGAAAUCCAUCGAAUACUAACCGAUUUAUUAGCAUUUGAAAUUGGACAUGUUUUUCACUUUUUUCGGUUUUAGAUUUUCAUUUUACAUCCCUAUGUGGCCGAACUUCCUGAGAGAAGUAUUCUACUUCAAAAGCAUUGAGCGACCAAUCAGUGGUCGACAUUUGCGUUUCGACGAGGCUCGACGAUUUUCAAUGGUACAAUAUUUUAGACAAUCAGAUUACAAUUUUUUGCAUUUGGACGGGUGCUUCAAAAAUGACGUAAAUCGGUUGGAAACUGACUGAGUUUAAAACGUUUGAAAGUGGACAAUUUUCGUGACGCUCUCGAUGUUUUCAGUUUUUGAAAUUGGAUCCCUGUAUAUGUGGCCAUAAGACGUAAUUCUAUGUCAAAAUCAGCUAUUCAGAAUAAAUAAAACUACUCUGUGACCAAAACACAAAACAAUCAUUUAGUAACAGCUGAUAUUCUUGACCAAAUUGCAUUCAGGGUUACAAAGCGCUUGGCUUUCACAUUCUGGGCAUAUUAGAGGGGGGAGAGGGGCGGUUGCUAUUUACGCUAAGAAAUCGGCCGAAUACAACAUUAGAUCUAAUGAAUCGUGUGAAAACGAUUGCGCUCCUAAGAAUAUCAGAUAUAACAGGCAUGAAGCAUAUGGCAUCUCAUGAAAAGUACGGUUUAAGCAUUAGCCAAAAAAUAAAAAGUUAUUUCGUUGAGUUGAUCAAUGAUCCUCACGAGAUGAUACAGUCGAAACACAAAAACUCGAAUUUUGAUGGUUUACAUCCAGUGACCUUUACCCAGUUGGUCUCGACGUACUGUUACGUUACUUGUCAUGAGUACUUUCGGAGAAUUCUUUACCGGGUCACUGGUUUCCGAACUACGCUAGACCGGGGAAGUAAAGACCUUAAGGGUAUCCAGCAGGACGGACCUCCGUCCUGAAAGACAUGAACUGCUCAGAUGUACGUUAUUAUGUGUUGUCUUUAUUGCACAAUGUUGCCCUUAUAUAAUAGAUGUACAAUGUUAGCUUAACCUAUCUCAAUGGUAGAAAGAAAGAUCACUUUGUUCAGAAGUGUUUUAGGCAACAAAAUUGUCUAUCUGAAAAUGUUAUUUAAAAAAAUCUGAGAAGACCAAUUGCCUCACUAUCAUUUUUUGGUUUUGAUUUUUUUUUUGUGUAGGAACACAGAAUAUUUUCUUCAAUAACUAGUUCAGUCUAUUUCCUGAAAAUUAUUACUUGAACACUUUUCUGUACCUCUUGUCAUUUCCGAAUGGUUAUGGUCUCAGAGGCAAAAAACGUGAAACCGCGUCAAACAUGAAACAUUUUUUGUUGGAACCUUUUCUUCAGUUUUUUUUUUUUUCAAAAGAGUUUUGGGUAGCUAAAUUGUCUAUCUAAAAGUAUUUAUUUUCAAACAAGUUCAAGAUGACGGACUUUUUUUAGAAUCACACUUUGUUUACGGAAUGAAUUCUUUUUUUGAGUAGUACCUACUCAAAUUCAUUUUUUCUAUAUUUUAGAAUAAGAGCUCACACCAUUCACUAGAAGCUAUUCCCUGACAACGUUUCUCUAUCUCUUGUUAUUAUUAAGAAAUAUGGAUUUAUUAGAAGAAAACCCGUUUCAAAUAUUAGUACAAAUAAAUUGUAAAAAAAAUCAAAGUUGCUUACCUUCACACCCACAAAGAUUUAUUGAAUUCAGAAAGGGUGUUACCAGCCCCUCAGUCAAAUAAGCGUUAAAUCGUUCUAUUACAAACUUUGAUUCGUAGCGCAAUUGAGUAUUGCGAGCAGAAUUAGCGAGGUUGGAGUCUUGGUGAAAGAGCACUUUGCACCCUAAUUUCAACGUCUUACUCAUCCAAUAAUGUACAAUAAUACGGUUUAUUGAUUGUUUUACCGUGUUUCAAGUAGUCCAUGAUUAUCACAAAUUCCGUAUAGUAGCCAAUAUUUUAUAGACUGAUUGUUGCGUUAUGGAGCGUUUUGAAAGACUCUCACCAGGUAAAAGCAACUCUGAAGUGUAGUAGUAAAUCCAUGUUUCUUUCAUUCUCACGAAUCAUUUCAAAAUUUGUUUCCUAUAUGAUCAAUGUCAGAUUCUCCGUCGAAUGUUUGAAUGUUUGUCGCUUUGAUUAAUUGUUGAGGAACGCCGCACUCGUCGCUCGAAUAGCUUUUCAUGUGUGAACAUUUAUGAAUUAAAUGUCCAACAUAUUCCAACAAAAAACGAAGAAUAAAUCAUAAAAUUCACAGCACUUGCGAUCGAGUCGAUGGUUCAGAAUCGCACAUCGAAUGUAUAUAUUGGAGGAGUUUUUAAUUUUCCACCGUGUAUUUACUUUUGAGACAGUUGGGAAAUGAAACGAAAAGUCCAAUGUUGUUUCUUAAUUACAGGAGUUGGUUUGAAUCUUUCUCGCCAGCAACUAACAAUCUUCGAAAAAGACGUCGAAAAAGUUAAUUGUUUUCAUAGCAGCUUUUUUCUCCGCAAAAGAAAAGUUCGCUGAACGCAAACUAGAGGAGUUUUGUUCAAUUUUUUCGCCGUUGUAUACAAUUUAACAAGAGAAGCUCAAAGUUUUGCUUCACUGAAAAACUCAGCCAUUCGUAGCGCUCAGCCCAAGCACAUCCGGCUGGGGAAUAGUUGUGCCAAACUAAUUGCGGCAGAUGGUGAACAAAUGGAUGAAGAAAAGGGCUUCCAGCAGCCAAGCAAAGGCAAAGACUCAAUAAACCGUAACAAAACUAGAAAAAAAAAAUCAGAACAACAACUACACGGAACUCAAACCUAGACCAAGAAUCAAAAUUAGAAACUAUAGAGAGGCUAUUCGUACAAUAGGUGUCCACUACAAACUCACUUGUCGAGACAAGGAGCCACUGUACAAAGCUCGUAGUAUCGCUGGAAAUAAAGGUAACUCCUACCUAAGUAGUAAGUGUAUCGCACUGGAAGGUAGUCAAAUUUUUGUACUUAAAAGCAACAGCAUUAAUCGUAGCAAACUUUCAGUAUUAUGUACAUACGUAGCAACAUUAACGGGAGAUUCCAGAUAUAUGAAAUUAUAUUAACAAAAAAAAAAUACUCGAUAGCGAAUAAACUAGCAAAACAAAGAAGCUGGGGGAGAGGCCAGACAAAAAUGUACAUUUCAACUCUCGCAUCAACUACAAGAAGACGUAAAAGUGAAAAAAAUGCAUUCCAAGAAACGAAAAUAAAACUAACAAAAAAAGGCGCCAGCUUACCUACUCAUACACGAACUCAUUACAAAACUAAACAAAACAAAAAAAAAUAUCAAAACCCACACGGUCAGACAAAAUUCCGUAGCUGUUAGGAAGUCUAUUUGCAAAGAGGCUGAAUCGAUCUGUACAUAGCGGUACCAUCGCGUACUCGGCAGAGGUGGAGAAAAACGGUGUAUGUAUAGCUUAGAACUCUGAUAAAGAAAACCAAAAACCAUUAAGGAGUAAAACCAAAAGUAACAACUCACGAAGUUAGUGCUAUUUUUCUACCAAAAUUACUUUUCUAGGUUGAUACAUAUUUUUCGACUUCCAUUGCAAAAACAAAAGAGCAACAAAAUAUUCUCGCGAAGGAGAGCUUCUUCUGUUUCUAUCGUUAGUGAAGUAGAACAAAGCAAAUAAACCAACAAACUAAUCAAAGCAACUAAUAGUAGUGUGUAAUGGAACGGAGGAUGAUCCCUAUAAUUACCAACAAUCGAGAUUUGUGGCAUGAAAGGGGGAAAGGGGGGCUACGAAAUAUGAUCAGACAAUUUUAAAGCAACAAGAGUAAAAAAAGGGAGAAAAAUCAUAGCCAAUAAUCAAACAGCAGAAUGAAAAUUUCUAGACUUUCAGUACAAAUUAUCACUAAAUCAAAACUAAUAAAAUUAUAUAUAAAGAAUUCAGCUUAUCGAACCGGUUGAGCAAAUGAUAACUAAAAAGGAAUUGAAGGAAACUUUGCUGAGAGCAAAUGUAAGGUAGACGGAUUGACGGUUGAUUGUAUGCAUGGUUGAGUUAUUCACGAUUGUAGUUUAUCUGGAAGUUGACCAUUUUAAGUGUACUGCAGCAGGCUUCCGAGUGGAACUAGUACCAAACUUUGUUACUCAACUAGUUAGCCUAUUAGAGCAGCCUUUUUUUAAAUAUUUUUCUACAACUUCCUUCGUUCGCCGAUAGCCGAGAGAAGGUUGCUAGUGAUUAAAAUGCCUGAAGUUAGCAGCAACUGCUAGCAGAGCAAACCAACAUAAGCGCGGAACGAAUUUUGCACUCGACUCCAGACUCAAAAUCGCACACAGAGAGAGAGAGAAAGACACACCCACACAGCAAUCGAAUCCAUUCCGGCUGGAUCCGAGUGCAGAGUUAAUCAUUUGUUUUGAGCCCCCAAAUAGCGCGCUUCCGUGUGUUUUCUUUUUCUGUCCCCACUUGGUCCACCCUUGGGUCCGGGUGGUAGUCCGGCAAUCACAAGUGUGACCUCCUCUCGGCUCUCAAGGCCUCAUUUCACGGCUCUUCCAAUCCGCCACUCAAAGGCAGCGGGGAUGGGAAAGCGAAACAAGCAAACAAAAACAAAAACGACCGACCAGAAGGGAACGCGAGCAGCGUCAGGAUAAGAAGCCAUCGGCUAUCGUGCAUGUUUUCUGUUGCACAUUUCCCCUAGGCUUUAGAACUCAACAAACAAGAGCACUACUGGAAAACAACAACCUGCAGCAGCAAGCAGAAGAAGAAAUCGUAUUUAUGCUAGUAAAACAAUGAAACGAAACUACUUCCAGCAAGCGGUAGGAAACUAGUGGCGAAAGAGCACAAAAAGUGGUUACUACACAAGGGAAGGUCAGAUAAAGUACUAAAACACAUGAAUAAAUCUGUAACUAUGGAUGAAAUAUUA